UUAACUUGGUCGAUAAGCUGAAGCAUCUGAAGAUGAACACAAAAUUAGAGAAGAAGUCUAAUGGUAGCAGAGUGACGUUCAAGAAACAAUUAGUUCGCAAUCCUAUUAAAACGAACACCAGAGGUAUUGUGGUGAAGGAAGUAGAAAAGGUUGAACCAUUGAAUUUGAACGAUGUUGGAUCGAGUGGUGAACCUUCAUCAGGACACCAAUCUGGACCCAAAAAAACAAAAUUUAAUGUACCAGAUAUUGAUGCAUCGAUGAAGGGUCUUUCGUUAAAGUCCAAGUCAAAACUCGGUUCAAGAACGAAUUCCUUGGAGAAAGAUUCUAAAACAAGUGAUUCUUCUGAGAAAUGCACAAAUCUUGAUACUCCUGUUAUAAAUUCUACUCUACAUUUGAGCAAAAAGAUUGAAAGUUUAGGUAAAAUGAAGACUUCUUCAUUAAAAACAAAGAGAGCGUUUGAUGAAAAGGUAACCAGGCAAGUGAACUUCCCUUAUGAAAAGAAAAUUUUUAAAGAUUUGAUGCCCUUAUCAUCACCAAACAAACGCGUCCAAAAAACGGUUUCCUCAAGAGAACCCCUGCCUCCAAAAGACAAAGAACCAGUUCUUGAGGAUUUCAUAGGACAAACUCCCAUACAGGAAUAUUCGUAUGUUCCAAAUUUCAAACUUGAAACUAGAAGAAGCAGAUCUCACUGUAACAAUUUACGAUUAUAUAAGGUAUUGCAGUUUUUGGAAAAAUGCUAAUAUACCCUCAUUCUGCAUGAUAUAACCCCUGAACACUCUGAAUCUGAUGUAACAGUAUUACCAGUACUCUCUGUAUAUGUUAGAAUUUAAGAUUCAGUUAUUAAUCAUAAGAUGUUGACCACUUUUGGAAAAAAAUUCAACGUAUUUUUGUACUUUCAUAAGUUGACUACCUGAAUUAUUAUUCAGCUCAAACUAAUCUAUACCUUUUUGUAAUAUUGAUUGUGAUUAUUUUGAUAAAUCCACAACUGAUGGCAA